AAAGAAUGCUUGAUCCAGAUCAGAACGGUAAUAAUCAGAGCCCUCACAUCAAUAAUGUGAACUCUCUUUAUACCACUAACAGAGUUAAAGAGGAUAAUAUUGAAUCUAGUCCUACUCCUACCCCUACUCCAACUUCAAGCUGGUAUAUGGAAGAAGAAUCUAUCAAACCUCGAAGAAAGGUUCAAAGUGUUCCAAACUUCUGUGACCCAGUUGCAGAACUAGGAAUAGGUUCUACUCCCUGCUCUUGUUUUAAUCUAAGUGAGGAAAGAAAAAGAGGGCGAGGGAGCUCCUAUUCUAGUUCGGAUAGAAACAGCACAUUCACGGAUAGAAACAGUGCUUUUACAGACGGAAACAGCACUUGUACGGAUAGAAACAGCUUCUCUACAGACAAAAACAGCCCAUGUAUAGAAAAAAUGAGCUCCUGCACUGAUAGAAACAGCACUAUAAGUUCAAACAGAGAAAGUAAACAUAUUCACGCAACUGACAAUAUGAAUGAGGAGAUAACGGAGACAGAACAUUUCUCAACUAUUGAGGGAUUACUGAACAAGAUCAAGGAACAUCUUGAUACAGGAGGAAAACAUCAGUCCGAGGUGUUUGAGAUGUUUGAGAUGGAUAAUCUGACCAGGCUCAGCCAACAUCCACAACAACAUCAAGGUGUGGAAAGAAUGGAUAUGUUUCUGGGAAAAGGAGAGGAGAAGGAUGUAUAUCAAGGAGAAGGUGAAGAGAGUUGUGGAGAAGGUUCUCCUUUUCUCCGGAUUACAGAGGGGAAUUUGGAAUCACAGAGGAAGGAAGACAGACGACAGUCACAACCCAGGGUAAAUAGGAAGAGGGUAAUUUUAAACCAUCGUAAAUGUGAUGUAAGAAUACAGAUGGACGACACAGCAGAACUACUACGCAGUCCAAGAGAGAGUACUGAUGGUGGGAGUAGAUUAACCUCACCAAGGACUCCCAGAUUAACUCCAGCAGCUCAAACCCGCUUCAACCAUAGUGGAACUAGUAAGAGACAAUCCCAGCACCCAUCUUUCAGAAAAUCUUCCAGCACGUCCACGUCGAUCCACCGAUCAAAUACUCAGGAUGAGGAGUCAGGACAAUGACAACUAAUUUCUCGAAUCUUCUUCUUCAUCUUUCUUUUCUGCUUUAUGACAGGCUGGUCAUUCCUUCUCUGCAGCUUGGACGCUGAGUGCAGACCUUUUGACAGUGAGCCUCUAUCCAGGAAAGGAAUAAAACCAAAUGUCUUGAAUUCAACUUGGAACAGUACAGAGGAAGAAGAUUCGAAAAAUUAUACUUUAGCCAAGCCAGGCUUGGAUCUGUUU